CCACAAUGGAGCAAAUUUUCAUGAUUGAAGUUUUUGUAAAAAAAAUCGUUCUCAAAAUAGAACCGCCCGAGAAAGAUGAAUAUGAACUCAGAAUGGAAGCAGAAGAGAGGAAAAGGGAAGCAGAGGCCUUAGCAGCUGCAGAAGCGGCUAUGAAAGGUAAAAAGGCAAAAAAACCACCAAAACCAAAGAAAGGCAAAAAGGGCAAAGAACCACCAGCACCGUCCGAAGAAGAGUUAAAGUAUAUGCAAACUUGUACAAUGCAAAUGUUUUGUCUUCCUCUAUUUGAUUUUUAUGUUGCUCACGAUAAUUUCGUUGCACCAGAACCUCCUCCACCUCCAGGAAAAGGUAAAAAGGGUAAAAAGGCAGCAAAACCUAAAAAAGGCAAAAAAGGAGGCAUCCCUCUAGUAAAACUUGCUCUGCCAUCUGAACCUUUACCACAACCACCUUACUUCGGUGUUGGGAACUCAAUCGUGUUUUUGUCAAGACCUUCAAAACUAGAAGAAAUAUUGAAAAAAACUCCUAUUCAUAUUACCGUUUGGAAUAGGGACCAGGAUAUGAACUGCAUAGGCUUCUGUGUAGUUGAGUGGCAUCAAUCAUUUUUCGAGUGCCUUCAAAGAUCGGGUGAGUUAAAUCCAAUCAACAUGGAUCAAGCUGAAUUUAGAGAUACAUCAAAAUCAGAAAUAUUAACAAAUACCGUUCACUGGACAAAACCUUUGCAAUGUGAGGAAGAUUUGAAAGCUUCGGGCGAAAUUGAAUUUUUCAUCAGAUUAUCGUGUUUAGGUAAUAAAAUCUUAAGCUAUUUUAUUGCGCUGCCUGAAAUGGAGAGGUUGCCUGGACGUAAGUAUUUGUGCGAUGAUCUAAAAUUAAAAGAUCUGGAAGUAGUGAGACAUUGGGAAGGUACUUCAAUAGAUUCAGUGUUACCGGUAGCUUUCUUCUUUGGUGCUCCUGACAUUUCGAGAGAGCCUAUAAAGCCUGCCGAGGAAUAUAAAGUGUAUGAAGAUUUUGUUGCGCCUUUUACUAACAGUGAGUUGGCAAUUCUCGCUAUGGGCUUUCCGAAAGGCCCUUGUGGAGGUACUAAUUGUCCAAAAAGAAUGGAUUACAGGGGUAGCCAACACCAGUUUAUCCAUGGAGAAACUGUUAAUAAGAAGUAUCAGCAUGGACAGUUUGUCAACAAAAGAGAUGUUCACGGUCCAUGCGGAAGACUAGACUGUCCAUUAGCGAAGAAAAUUCGUGCUUUCAUUUGUUCGGAAGGCAGCUACAAGCCGUGUAAAAAGCCUUGUCCUCUGGACUACUAUUAAAACUAAACAAAAACUUAUGAAAGUAACUGAAAUGUUUGUUUUGCCAAUAAAACAAACGUGAUUUAUUUAUUUGCUCAUAAAUCAAAGAAACAAUAAAGUCAGACGUUUUGUCUGACUUUAUAUAAUGACUUUCUCUUUCUAAAGUCACCGCACAAAAGUGGGUCAACAUUUUAAUUUGGAUUAUAUUUCGGUAGUAAAUGAAUCAUAAAGGCGUUAUUCUGAAUUUUAUACGAUAUGGUAGCAGCAAGUGAUGUAUACAAACUGUUAUUAUAAUUAAUUCUUUUGUUAUUGUCUACCCACUCGCACUAAGUAA